GGGGAGGGGGUCAUGUGACCAAAUUACAGUCGCAUGAUCUGAGUUUUGUUGUGAACUGUUUCGUAAACCCACCUUUAGGUAUGUACCACUGCAACGUCCUCCCAGACCACGAUACAGCUCUGGCCGUCGUGUUUGUGACCGGUGUUUCUCUGACUUUCGUAGGCGUCUUCUCACACACCAUGCACCGACCGGCCCCUGCUUACUGCCCCACCUGCAGCUGAGCCGCUCCACGGGCACAACAUGGACCCCGAGCAGCAGAGCAGCCCUCCUCCCCGGCCCAGCGCGGACUACUUCUCGUGGGACUACCGCCUCCAGCUGAUCGGCCUGAGCUUCUCCUUCUACGCGGGGGUGUUCCUCCUCUCCCACCUCCUGUCUGCGUCUUUGUCCCGCACAUACACCUCCCUGGCAGCCAAGGAGAAGGUCUUCUGGAACCUGGCAGCGACCCGCGCCGUGUUCGGCAUCCAGAGCACCGUGGCCGGUCUCCGGGCCCUGACCCAGGACUCUGCGUUGACCAGGGACCGGGUGAGGGGUCAGGAGGACUGGUCGUGGUUCGGUGUCCUCACAGCCACGGGGUUCUUCGUGUUUGAGAACGUAGCCCUCCACAGCUCCAGUGUGGUGUUCCGCUCGUUUGACCUCCCGCUGGCCACGCACCAUUUCUUCGCCCUGUCCGGGUUUGGGUCGUCCGUGUUGUGGGACUCCACGGGACACUACCUGUCCAUGGUCACACUGCUGCUGGAGAUGAGCACGCCCUUCACCUGUAUAUCCUGGAUGUUACUGAAGGCUGGCUGGGCACACACCCUGUUUUGGAGAGCCAACCAGUGGGUGAUGAUCCACUCCUUCCACUGCCGCAUGGUGCUCACCUACUACAUGUGGUGGGUAUUGUUGACCCACUGGGGAGAGCUCAGCACCCACGUGGCCCUUCCCCCACGCCUGCUCCUCUUCACAGGCCUCGCCCUGCUCACGUUUAUCAUCAACCCCAUCUGGACGCACAAGAAGACCAUGCAGCUGCUCAACCCGGUGGACUGGAACUUUGGCAAGAAGUCCGCAUCCCUAAACGGCACCACGGAGGGUCGGUCUGCGGUUUCUGUCAAACCCCAUGCCAGCUGAGGGGUACCAAGGAGGACAUUUCCUAUCUGAAAGAUGCCAUACCUUUUUUAAUUGGAUGUUUGAAGUUACUUUUAGAGUGGCAGUAGCAAGAUUGGUGUUAAUUCUUUAUAAAAGUUCUAUUUUUACACAAGUUCCAUGCGCUAUAAGUGAACUUUGCUAUUCAAAAGAGCCCUAACAGGAAAAUCAUAUCAGGUUUCAUAUAUGAUAACGUUUGCCACAUUGAAUUGAAGCCACCCUACACCUACAGUAUUUAAAGGUUUACAUCCUGUAAUACUCAAGGAUGUAUUUAUACUUGUCCUUUUCUACCACAGAACCUCAUUCUUUAAACAGCACGUUUAAAGAAUGAGGUUCUAUCCGUUAGUCAUUGAAGCUAUUACAAACUAAGUGGACUAUUGGAUCAGUCCACUCAUGAGUCAUGUUGCUGUUUUUUGACUGUGAACCCUCUCUCAGCAGAAAAGAGGAGUGUUUCCCGUGGUCAUGAAAGAAAAGGCCAUCAACACAAUCUUCUUUAUUUGUGGAAGAAAGCGCAGUGCUGGUCCACUCCAUAAAGGCUCUUUUGUCAUAAAUGGAGAUGUUACGUGGCAUAACCGAAGCAGUUUACUGAUUAAUCAAGCAAUUUGUUGAUCAUGAUGAUUUUUUUUGGUGUUAUUGUAUGAGUCGAAUUAUGUUUUAUAUCUAGCUAUGCAACAUCAAAACUUAAAUAACAUGUUUUUCACACAACGGCCUCAUUGUACUGGAUGCCAUGGCAUUGUGUGUUGGGUUUGUCCAUUGUUUUAUGUCUGGCAUCAGAAGUCACUCUGCUGCAAAUUACAAUCUCACAAUUACAUGCAGUGUUUUGGCUUUAACGGCAUUGUAGCUCAUUUGAGAUGACACGAACAAGCUCUAGAAUUUAAGACUUUUCAUUUCUGAAGAAAUUUCUACCAUUAGUAUUAAUCCAAUGUAACAUUUUGAGGAUAUACAAACACUUCUAUUUCGGCCCGAGGGCUGACUCAGAGUCUAAAUGGUUAACUCAUUAACACUAUCCACAAAACUGUAACCAGCUUUGGAAAACAGGCGUCAGGAUUACUGAGAUGAAGCUACACUUGUCUCAUUCAGCGGAUUGUAUUUUACUUUUUUGUACAUUGUACAACCUCAGUGACUUAAUCAACAGAAAUCAUUUGAAGCAAUUAUAUUUAAACAUUUUAAAGUGUUUUGAUCCCUUCAUUUAUUUACAACUACUUGUUCUCUCACUGUACAUCUGAAUUUACUAUGUUAUUACUAAAAAAGGCUAAUAAGAGAGGGUUUGAUUUUCUUUUGUAAUUACAGCAUAUAAUUAACAUUAUGGGAUGGGUGGAGGACUCUGUAAAAUCAAAGGUGUAACAUCCUGUUUGUGUUGGGAAAUGCUUUGAUAUGAGUCACAAAAUAAAAUGUUUCUCUCACACAGUAUUGUGUCUCUUGGUUUUGUUUAGGUUGUGCUAUAAAGCAGCCGCCUGUAGGUGGCAGUAUAAGAGUAAUAAAGUUUGUUGCACUAGUUUUUCUCAUUUGACCUGACAACAUAUUUUUAAGUCCAAAAUCUAUUGUCC